CACCACAGACCCUCCCUAUUUAUAUUUGGGACGAGACCAAACAUUGCAUCUUUAAAAUCGGGAGCUGCUGCACACCAAAAUGACUUCUUACACAGAUAAAGGUGAAAAGCACGAGCAGGGCAAGUUCCUCAGCUUUGACCACCUCACUUUCUGGGUUGGCAAUGCCAAGCAGGCCGCCUCUUUUUAUUGCAACAAGCUGGGGUUUGAGCCUCUUGCAUACCGCGGACUGGAGACAGGCAGCCGUGACGUCGUCUCUCAUGUGGUUAAGCAGGGAAAGAUCAUCUAUGUCUUCUCCUCUGCACUGAAUCCUGGUAACAAAGAAAUUGGGGAGCACCUGGUAAAACAUGGAGACGGAGUCAAAGAUGUCGCCUUUUCUGUCGAAGACUGUGACUCCUUGGUGCAGAAAGCCAGAGAGAGAGGUGCCAUCAUCCUCAAGGAACCUCAUGUACUGGAGGACAAGUUUGGCAGCGUGAAACUGGCAGUCCUGCAGACAUAUGGAGACACAACUCACACACUGGUGGAAAGAAAAGGAUACACAGGACUUUUUCUUCCAGGAUUCCACGCUCCACUAUUUUGUGACCCUCUCCUGGCUAAGCUACCGAACGGUCAUCUGGAUUUUAUUGAUCAUGUGGUGGGAAACCAGACAGAUGAUGAGAUGGUGCCUGUGGUGGAAUGGUACCAGAGGAACCUCCUCUUCCAUCGUUUCUGGUCUGUAGAUGAUAAACAGUUGCAGACGGAAUUCAGCGCUCUACGCUCCAUCGUGGUCGCUAACUACGAGGAGACGGUGAAGAUGCCUAUCAAUGAGCCUGCCUUUGGUAAACGCAAAUCCCAGAUCCAGGAGUAUGUAGAGUAUUACGGUGGCCCUGGAGUCCAGCACAUUGCCAUGAACACCUCGAACAUCAUCAAAGCUAUUCGAAAUCUGAAGGAACGUGGAAUGGAGUUCAUGACAGUGCCAAACACCUACUACCAGCAGCUCCAUGAGAAUCUAAAACACUCAAAGGUCAAAAUCAAGGAGGACAUCAGCAUCCUAGAGGAGCUGCAAAUUUUGGUGGACUACGAUGAUAACGGUUACCUCCUGCAGAUCUUCACCAAACCAGUUCAGGAUCGACCAACUGUGUUCCUAGAGGUGAUUCAGAGGAACAACCACCAGGGCUUCGGUGCAGGGAACUUCAAGUCACUAUUUGAGGCUAUUGAGGCAGACCAGCACGCCAGGGGGAACCUCACUGUCUUCACGCCCAACGGGGAAUCGGAUAAAAUCUGAAUCCACCUUUCUUUACCAACAUAUCCCCUCAUAUGUCUUUAUAUGUAUGAACAAAAGCUGUGAUUUUUUACGAUUUUAAAACUCAGUAGUCAAAUUUACAUCAGUGCAGUAUUCUCUAAAUGAUUUUUUUUUACCAAACCAGCAGGAGCUUCCAGCAGUCCAGAUAACAGAUUGUUGUUUUUUCAUAACAUUGCAAUAUGGCCGUGCAUGUGAUAAAAGGUAAACAAUAACCAUAAAUGUUGACCUUGAAUAAUCAUACAUACUGACCAUCAUUAGUUGAGUUAUGUGAAAAAGAAUGUAACAGAGCAAUAAAUCAUUAAUUAUGA